AAGCAGCGCUGUAGUCCAAAAUUCGCACUUCUGCAGGUCGUCUAACCAGAGCCACCGCAGGAAACAGCCGUCAUGAAGACCUUCGUUGCCAUCGCGCUCUUGUCUGCUGCCUCCCUGGCGUAUGCUGCGCCACGUUCCACCGCGAAGACCGACUUGGCUGGUGCCGCCGGUCUGUCAAGACCCAGCAAUCUCGGUGGCAGUGUCGGACCUGCCAGACCUGUCGGAUUUGGCGGGCCUGCCGCACCUGGCGGAUUUGGCAGACCUGCCGGAUUUGGCGGACCUGUCGGAUUUGGCGGACCUGUCGGAUUUGGCGGACCUGCCGGACCUGUUGGACCUGCUGGAUUUGCCGGCGCUGGCACACAAGGUGGCAGCCUAAGCUCAGGCUUUCCAGUUCUCAGUGGACCAAGCGGAGCCGCAGGACCCAGCGGCGCUAGCGGAUUCCCUGUUGGUGUUGUCGGUGGUUUCCCAAGUGGUUUCCCCGGUGCCUUCCCUGGCAGUUUCCCUAGUGGUCCGAGCGGAGUAUCCCCCGCUGGCGCCGGCGCUUCCCCCGCUGGUCGUCCCGGAUCUGCUGCUCCCAGCGCUGCACCCUCAGUUGGCCGACCUGGAGCAGCAGCCGGAGGCCUCCUACCCAGUGGAGUCUUCCCUGGGGCAUGGUACCCUGGUAGCUACAAUGUAUGGCCAGCCUAUAGCCCAGUAUAUUACGCACACGGUCCCUAUGGAUUUGGCUUCGGUGAUGGCUACGGUUUUGGCUUCGCUGGCGUUCCUCUCGGCGGAUACUUCUACGGUACUCCCGGAGACUACUACGGCGAUAACGACUACUGGGGCGGCCUCGGUGGCUAUGGUUAUGGCUACCCUGGCCAGGGUUUCUCCUGGGGCCCUCAAAGUUUUGGAGGCUUUGGAGCCUCUUCGUCUUCUGCCGGUUCUUCCGCUGGCCAGGGCGCAGCAGGAAGUGUCCGUACAGCUGUAGGAGCUGCUGGAGCUGCCGGUGUUAGCAGCGCCAGCCAAUCACCCACAGGGAAAUAACAAACCAAUGUGACCAUUCCUGGCCAUCCCACAAAAGCAAAACCUACUUUCUCCAGUUUUUUCGACAAUAAAUGAAUUCAACAAAUUUUCCAACACCAAAAAAAAUGGGCAAUUCAACAGCACAAUCUCAGUUACUACCGAAUGAAUAAAAGAGUUAAUCUUUCAACGGAAA